AAAUCCGCAUCGCAGCGCACGGAGCUGACAAGUGCGCCUCCCCCUCCAAACGUUGUUUGACAUACCCAUCGUUGUAUGCUUCGCCUUCUGAAUGUUUUUUUUUAAAGGCAAGCCCAAAGCCUCCGACUAUACAUUUUGCUCUCUAACCGUGCUGGUGAGAUAACCAACAGAGGGAGUGAUACCGGGAAUCGGGCGUUUCGUCUCAUUUGGAGACGAUCAACUCGUGCGUAAAACAACGGCACCGGGACCUCGCUGAAGGAGGAGAACCGUGGAGUCUGGAUAUUUUGUUUCCUUUUUUUGAUUUUUAUGAUUUUUAGCAACAGGACAGGGAAAGCCGCAGUAACAGGUUUAGCGGUUUGCGGAUGGACUGACAUUUGGGGACUUUAGCGCGCAACGCACCUGUGCAUGCAACGCCACCCCCACCGCGUCUCCCCUGAACGUUCAGACUUCAGUCUUUUUUUCUUCUUUUUUGUUUUGGUUUUGCAAAGAAGGGAUUCAGCACAAGAUAAGAGUUUAGCCUGCUGUUCAAACAAGAAGCGCGCCAUGCUGCUCGGCGUCUCCCUCCUGGUGGUCCCCCUGCUCAGCAUCACCGGCUGCGGCUCGUCCUACGUGCCGUGCCAGCCGUGCGACCAGAAAGCCCAGUCCAUGUGUCCGCCGGUGCCGGUCGGCUGUCAGCUGGUGAAGGAGCCCGGCUGCGGCUGCUGCCUGACGUGCGCGCUGGAAGAGGGCCAGCCGUGCGGCGUGUACACCGGGCCGUGCACGCGCGGGCUUCGUUGCCUGCCCAAGAACGGCGAGGAGAAGCCGCUGCACGCGCUCCUGCACGGCCGUGGCGUGUGCAGGAACGAGAAGUUGUACAAACUGCUGCGUACGUCCAAAGACGGAGAGUCCCACCAUGAUGGCGUGCUACCCGUCCCCGAGUCCGCGCCGGCCCAAACCAAGGCGCCGUUGUAUGGGAAGAACCAGCUGCGGAAGGCCCAAGCCAUGAAGCAGGCCAAAGAGCGCACAAUGCAGCUGUCCCGGCUGGGACCCUCCAGCACCCUGAACUUCUCCCCGCUCAGCCCGGAUAAACUGGAGCUUGAGUUCGGCCCGUGUGGGAGAAGACUGGAUAAUCUCAUGCACAGCAUGAGGGACACCUCCAGGGUCUUGGCUCUCUCUCUGUACAUCCCCAACUGUGACAAGAAGGGCUUCUUCAAGCGCAAACAGUGUAAGCCGUCCCGCGGUCGGAGGAGGGGGAUCUGCUGGUGCGUGGACAGGUUCGGCACGAAGAUCCCCGGCAUCAACGACGCUGGCGUAGACCUGCAGUGCAAAGAGGUCGAGAGCAGCAGCAGCAGCAGCAGCAACCAGUGAGAGGGGACGCCUGCCAAUCAAGCCAGCACACUUCAUGACUGCCAAUCAGGAAACUAUAGCACAGGUUCUUCUAUACAUGGUCGGGUGUGACGGACUGUGUCUCUUUUUGUUGUCGUUUCUUUAAAAGCGGAGCUGAACUAAAAGGCUCUCACACGUUGGUCUGAUGGGGCUCCCUGGGCUCACCUCUCUAUAUCCAUAGAUCAGAGGAUUAUAUAUAUAUAUAAAUAUAUAUAUGUAUGAUAAUAUGUUGUUCAUUGAUUGGUUGCUCGAGACAUAUUUUCUAUGAGGCUAAACAAAUCAACACUUUCUCUUAAGUUUAAUUCAUUGUUAAUCAUGUGAAUUUCAUACGGAUGUGAGUGGCAUCUUUUCACACAACAAACAAUAGUUUUCAACAAUCCUGCCUCCGACCAAAUGUCAUGGCACAUUUCACACUUCACACUUUCACGUCACGCCAUCAGCACGAUAACUAGAUACUUGUGUGUUCAGCACAGAGCCAGAAAAGCAUUUAGUCUGUUUUCACUAGUGGAGCCAAAUCUACCAAAGUCUGCAGACCUGCAGAUAACAGAAGUCUACACACGUUAAAGGAACUUUUAUUCAUAACAAGUGAGAUGAUGGCACUCUCCGUCACGCUUCUGCUUAAAACUCAAGAAGAGAAUCAUAAAAAUUCCAUUUACAGUUUUGGAGAAUGAGCGUCAGAAUGUGUAUGAAUUAUUCAAUGGUUGUUCUCAAAUCGCAACGUGACAACACCAUCAGGCCUCAUAACCAGCACACUUUAUUAUGCUGUCAAAGGUUACAUAUUUGACUCCUUUUUCAAGUCCAGACAAAUGCGUCCUCCGUUUGUAAAUGUAUGUACAGUGUGUGUGUGUGUGUAUGUGUGCAUACUGUGUAUUGUAUGUGGCCUAACAGUUCUCAACUACAACAAGCUCUAUUAUAAAUUCCCCAGAAGGCCGGCCGACUCCAGCUGCUGCUGCACAAAUUUGGCGCGUCUCCUUUCUUUGGCACACAAAUCGCAUGCAAAGGGCCCUGCGCUGUUUGUGUUUCCACCCGAAGGGGCCUUGCUGCCGCCGCGCAGGCAAAUCCGUCGGCCGGCGGGCGCCUUGCUCUCAGGUUUUAUCGUGUCCCGUGUCCCGCGGAGAGCGAGGUCGCUGAGUUUCUAUGUAAAUCAAAGUGCCUUCUGCUGCACGCCAGUUUGAAUGUCCAUUUGCAUGUGGGCCCAUCGGCCUCUUGGGUGAUUGUUGUUUUUCGAUUGUUGUUGCCGACAAAGGUCGCUCGGUCUAUCGGCAUGGUGGGUGACAUUUUUCGUUCUGUGAAUCCAAUUAUGCCCCCAAAUUCGUUGUUAUCGUAACGUUCCUAUCGGGAGCCGCCAGCUCCUCCCACUGAGACGCCUCGCCCUUCAUUCCAGCACACAUGUGAACACGACACGGUGACACUUUGAGCAUUCUCCUUUUAAGAAAAGAGAUUAAUGUGAACACUAUGGUGAAAUAUUUAUCAGGCGUGUAAUUGAUGUACUCGUUUUCCUUUUUGUUAUGAAAAAUCACUAUUUAAAUAAAAUUCAUGUACUCACAAAAAAAGGCA